AAGACGCGACAGUUGCCAGCUCCGCAAAAAGGUCACCCAGAUAUUUUCUGACAUACCAAUCCACACUUUCUCUCUCCUCUCUCCUCUCUCCACCAAACGGUGACGAAAAUUUCUUACCAUUUACUUUCUCUUUCUCACUGAAACGUUUCAGUGAGAGAAAACAAAAACAUUUUGAAGUAGUUUUGCAGAAGAAUCAGAGCUUUGAUUUGAAUCUCAGGGAAAAAAAAAACCGAGAAAGAAAAAAGAAAUGGUGAGCCCAAAAUCCGGCAGCCAAAACGACGGCGUUCCGUGCGAUUUCUGCAGCGAGCAAACGGCGGUGCUGUACUGCAGAGCCGACUCGGCGAAGCUCUGCCUCUUCUGCGACCAGCACGUCCACUCCGCCAACCUCCUCUCCAGAAAACACCUCCGAUCCCAGAUCUGCGACAAUUGCGGGUCGGAGCCAGUUUCCGUUCGGUGUUCCACCGAGAAUCUGGUGCUCUGCCACGACUGCGACUGGGACGCCCACGGCAGCUGUCCCUCCGUCUCCGCCUCCCACGACCGGACCUCCCUCGACGGCUUCUCCGGCUGCCCCUCCGCCCUCCAGCUCGCGUCCCUUUGGGGCCUCGACCUCACGGAUCCGACCCGACUCGGUCCUAAGUCCGGAUCGGGAGAGCUCGGUGGAUUGAGGUUUCAGGACGUGGUCGUGCCGGGGGAGGAUCAGAACGGCGUUGUUUGCGGGAGGAAGAGGAAGAAGAAGCGGGUGAUGUACAAGCAGCUGGCGGAGCUGCUGAGGAGGGAGUGUUUGGUUGUCGGCGGUGGUGGAGAGAUAAUUGCGGCGGAGGAGGAGGAAGCGCUGUGUUUGGGGAAUAAUGGAGAUGAUCGUGAUGUUGAGGAUGGUGAUAAUGGGGUUUUAUUGGGGGAUUCUGGAAUUGGUAUUGACCAGGUCGAUCAGCCAUUUUUACAACAAUUGCAGCAUCAUCAAGCACCAUUCACGUCGCUGCUAAUGAUGUCGCCGCCGCCGCCGCCGCAGCAGCAGCAGCGUGCAGAUCAGUUGAAAGACAGCGGUGGAGGUACUUCUGGUGGUGUUUUCCACGAUCAUGGAGAUAUUUUGUGGGAUAUUACUAAUCCCAAUAACAAUGCUCCGACCACUCAGAUAUGGGACUUUCAUUUGGGACGGUCGAUGGUGCACGAAGAACCAGAAGUUGAUUUUGGUGCGAAUGACGAAGGAUUUAUGAUUAAAAACUUUGGUGAACUCGUGAAAGAGGCGUCUUUGACAAAUACCAAAAUGUUGGGAGAUAAUAUUUAUCACAUAAAUUUCCCUGCUCCACAUGAUCAUGAAAUCACAAUCAAUAAUAACGCGACUGCGAGCCAAGGGCCAGGAACGUCCGAGAGCAACAACCUACCUAUCGGAAGACCCUCAUGUGCUUCCGCUUUCAGUAAAAGCAUAGGAUCUAGCGCGUUAAAAGACAGUAUGGAUUUCAUGGAAGGACCUUUCCUCGUAAGAAGCGACACGAUGAAAACAACCGCCGUGGCGACCAAGGUGGAUCUCGAGAUGCUGGCGCAGAACAGAGGCAACGCCAUGCAACGUUACAAGGAAAAGAAGAAAACCCGAAGAUAUGACAAGCACAUACGGUACGAGUCAAGGAAGGCAAGAGCGGACACUAGGAAGCGAGUUAAAGGCCGAUUUGUGAAGGCUAGUGAUGCUCCUGCGUCCUGACGGUUAAACUUGAUCAAGAAAGACCAUGCUGCCCUUGGCUUUUUUCUUUUCUUUUUAAUCAUACUCGAUCACUGUAUGUAAUAUUUCUUGUGUUCCUUUCACGGCAUAAAUGUAUAAAUUAUUAUGAAAAUUAAGAAAAUGCAAAUCUAACGGGAAAAACUUUAGAGAGAGAAAUUAGAGAGUUCAAUUAAUCUUGUGAAAGUAUAUAAAAUGAAGUCUUAGAAUUAUAUUAAUAAGAAUUUUUUUGGCACUA